GCUUUUUAUAUAACCUUCCAAGAGUCACGGUAAGAGCACGUUUACCGCGAGCUCUUAAACCCGUUCCUUAGGGUAAUUAUCAAAAAAAAAAAAAAAAAAAUGAAUUAAAGUGAAGGCACGUCUCCUAAUUAAGUGUUUCAAGGCACGGCUUUUAGGUGCGACGUGUUAGUAUGCUAUUGGCGGAACUGUGGAGUCGAGAUUCGUUUAUCUCAAUCUCUCUCGGUGGUUCCGCGAUGAGCUGGUACUCCCCCGACGUCUCCCCGUUCCCCCUCCGUGCGAUGCAGAACGUCCAUGUCUGUGAUGGAACACGAGAAUCUUUCCCUGAUUGUGGCGGAGACAAGGUGGCCUAGCUCCGUGAUUGAUUGCGAAGUCGACGAGACGUUGCUGUAUAGCGAGAUGAUCUUGAAAGGUUUGUUGGCGCAUUUGAGGAGCGGUGGUGGGACGAAGAUGGUGGUGGUGGAGGAAAGGAAGAAGAUUGGUGGAGGUUUUGAGUUCUCGGGUAAUGGUGGUGGAGGGAAAGGAAGAAGAUUGGUGGAGGUUUUGGUUGGGUUCUUGGUGGGGGUGGUGAUGUUUUAUCUGUUGGUGUAAACGAGAGGUAUAUUUACUAUAUCUCUGAUGCUUUCUUUUGGUUCUUUGGAAUUGGAUUAUCUUGAAACUAGAGGGUAAUUGUUUGUUGUGUGAUAACAAUCUCAAUUUGAAGAGCGUUUGGAUUAGUUGUCAUUGGAUUUCAGUUUUAUAUUGAGGCUAUUGUUUGUGUGUAUAUAUUUUCUAUUUUUGUUUUGAUGCAAAGAUGCUGAUGUUGAGAUCUUUAACUAAUUAUUCAUAAGCAUUUACCAAAUCGAAAAGUCAUAUCUUUUAAACUGCUUUGAGCAAUUGGAGUUUGUGUUCAGUGGUUGCAAUGCUUUGGCUCAGGCUUAUCAAUCUGUAUGAGGACACCUGAUCGUUGGGUCGUAAUGGUUUAGUUUUAUUGACAAGUUUUUAUCUUGAGUUUCACCGGCAAGAUGAUUAAUAAUCAUCAAUAUUGUUUUUGUUUUGCAAAACUGUUUCUGCAGGAUGAAUGGCUGGACAAAUGAAAAACACAACUUGUAUCUUGAUUCUUUGGAGAACUCAUCUGUUAAGCAGGGUGUGCAAUCUAACACCAAGGAAACAUUCACAGAUACACACACAUGCACAAGUGCUUUUUUAAGAACCCCUAAUAGGGGUUUUACCAUUGAAGCAAAACAAACAAAAAUAUUUUAACAAUAUCUCUUAACAAAAAUUUAGUAAUUAAAUAUAUUUAAGAGACGUAAUAGGGUCUUUCCCAUUGAACAUGCUAAGUAUCUAAUUUUUUGUUAUCUUCAACUUCUCACUACUCUUUUCAAUCUUUCUUCUAUCAUCUCUCAUGGCUUCUUCUUCUAGGUCUCGUAACUACAGCUACAAUGUCUUCGCGAGCUUCCACGGGCCUGAUGUCCGUAAAACACUUCUCAGUCACAUACGCGAACAGUUCAACCGCAACGGAAUCACUAUGUUUGACGAUCAAGAGAUUGAGAGAAGCGCAACAAUAGCCCCUUCACUCACCAAAGCUAUAAAAGAAUCGAGGAUCUCGAUUGUGAUUCUCUCCAAGAAAUAUGCUUCUUCAGGCUGGUGCUUGGAUGAGUUGGCGGAGAUAUUGGAGUGUAGGAGAGCUAUGGGACAGAUAGUGAUGACUAUCUUCUAUGGAGUGGAGCCAUCCCAUGUACGGAAACAGAUUGGAGACUUCGGGAAAGCCUUCAAUGAAACUUGUGCACGUAAGGAACCUACGGAAGAGCAAAGGCAGAAAUGGAUCAACGCUUUGAACGAUGUGGGCAACAUUGAGGGUGAAGACUUCCUAAGAUGGGACAACGAAGCAAAAAUGAUCAAGAAAAUUGCAAAAGAUGUUAUAGAUAAACUAAAUGCUACACCAUCAAAGGAUUUUGAUGGUAUGGAGGGACUUGACGCUCAUUUGACAGAAAUGGAGUCUUUGCUAGAUUUAGAUGAUGAUGGAGUUAAGAUGGUCGCAAUCUCUGGUCCAGCAGGCAUUGGUAAGAUGACCAUUGCUAGAGCUUUACACAGCCUAAUCCGUGAUAGGUUUCAGCUUACUUGUUUUGUGGACAACCGUAAGCGAAACUACCAACCUGGUCUUGAUGAUUAUGGUCUGAAGUUGCGUUUACAAGAACAGCUUCUUUCUAAUAUUCUGAACCAAAACGGUAUGACUGUAUGCCAUCUUGGUGUGGUAAAAGAAAGGCUGGGUGACAAGAGAGUACUUAUCAUUCUUGAUGAUGUGGACAACAUAAGACAGUUGGAGGCGUUGGCUAAUGAAACUACGUGGUUUGGUUCUGGAAGUAGGAUUGUAGUUACCACAGAAAACAAAGAGCUUCUACAGCAACAUGGCAUCAAUAAUACGUACCAUGUGGGGUUUCCAUCUGAUGUUGAAGCUAUCGAUAUCUUGCGUAAAUACGCUUUUCGAAAACGUUAUCCACAUGAUGAUUUUGAAGUGAUUGCUGAAAGGAUAACGGAGCUUUGUGGUAAGCUUCCAUUAGCUCUACGUGUGGUGGGUUCAUCUUUGCGAGGGAAGAACGUAGAAGAGUGGGAAGAAGUAAUGCAGAGGCUAGAGACUGUUCUUGAUCGAGAUAUCGAGGACGUCCUAAGAGUCGGCUAUGAAAGCUUAGACGAGAAUGAUCAAUCUCUAUUUCUCCACAUUGCAGUCUUCUUCAACUAUAAAGAUGGUGAUCUCGUGAAAGCCAUCUCCGCUGAUUGUGAUCAUUUGGAGGUUAAACGUGGGUUGCAGAUUCUAGCCAAUAGAUCUCUCAUAGAUCUAUCUACAAACGGGAAAAGAAUAGUGGUGCACAAUUUACUACAGCAAAUGGCUAGACAAGCCAUUCAUAAACAAGAGCCUGGGAAACGCCAAGUACUGGUGAACGCUGAUGAGAUUUGUGGUGUCCUCGAAAAUGAAACAGUAAUUAAGGUACUGGAGUUGUGUCCGGCAUAUCAUUUGAUAUUUCAAGAAUCAAUGAAGUGUCGAUAGGCAAGAAAGCUUUUAAAAAAAUGCCUAAUCUUCGAUUCCUCAGCGUUUACAAAAGCAGAGCUGAUGGGAAUGAUAGCGGUUGAAGAUGUACCAGCAUCAAUAGCGAUGUGGUCACGUCUUGAAUCUCUCUCUAUGUGGAACAAUGGAAAGCUCAAGGCGAUAACACAUCUUCCCCUGAAUGUACUGUGUGUGAACGUAAGCUAUUCCGGGAUUGAAAAGAUACCAGAUUGCAUGAAAGCUCUUCAUCAGCUGCAGGAACUUAAUCUGUCUGGCUGCAGAAGACUCGCAUCAUUGCCAGAGCUCCCUGGUUCACUCAACAACCUACGUGCUGACGAUUGUGAAUCACUGGAGUCUGUGUGUUUUCCAUAUGAAACACACUCCAGAUGCGGUGCUUAGUUUCAUCAACAACUUCAAACUGAGCCAACAAGCACGGCGGGAAAUUAUCAUAGGAUCCUUGUUCCGCGGAAGCGCUCUCUUACCAGGAAGAGAAGUACCUGCAGAGUUCCAUCACCACCGAGCCAGAGGAAACUCAUUGACCAUUCCACAUUUAAGGUUUGCCUUGUGAUUUCCCCGAACCCUAAGAAAAACAGGGAAUAUAUUGACUUCACAGCUAUUGUGUUGUCGCAUAUUCGGCAAAGACGACUUGUACCCCACUGACAGGGAAUUCUACAUAGGCGAUGAUGUCUCUAAUUAUCGAGCGGAACAUCUAUUUA